AGAUACAACUUUAGGGACCUGCAGAUAUGCUGAGUGCGGCAGAAGGCAUCCUCCUUUCCAUUGCAACUGUUGAAGCUGGGCUGGGAGUUUUAGGGAACACAUUUAUUGCACUGGUAAACUGCAUGGACUGGGCCAAGAACAAUAAGCUUUCUAUGAUUGGCUUCCUUCUCAUCGGCUUAGCAACUUCCAGGAUUUUUAUUGUGUGGCUAUUAACUUUAGAUGCAUAUGCAAAGCUAUUCUAUCCAAGUAAGUAUUUUUCUAGUAGUCUGAUUGAAAUCGUCUCUUAUAUCUGGAUGACUGUGAAUCACCUGACUGUCUGGUUUGCCACCAGCCUAAGCAUCUUCUAUUUCCUAAAGAUAGCAAAUUUUUCCGACUGUAUAUUUCUCUGGUUGAAGAGGAGAACUGAUAAAGCUUUUGUCUUUCUCUUGGGGUGUUUGCUUACUUCAUGGGUAAUCUCCUUUUUAUUUGUUGUGAAGCUGAUGAAGGACGGUAAAGUGAAUCAUAGAAACAGGACCUCGGAGAUGUACUGGGAGAAAAGGCAAUUCACUAUUAACUACGUUUUCAUCAAUAUUGGAGUCAUUUCUCUCUUUAUGAUGACCUUAACUGCAUGUUUCUUGUUAAUUAUUUCACUUUGGAGACACAGCAGGCAGAUGCAGUCUGGUGUUUCAGGAUUCAGAGACCUCAACACAGAAGCUCAUGUGAAAGCCAUAAAAUUUUUAAUUUCAUUUAUCAUCCUUUUCAUCUUGUAUUUUAUAGGUGUUUCUAUAGAAAUUAUCUGCACAUUUAUCCCAGAAAACAAACUGCUAUUUAUUUUUGGUUUCACAACUGCAUCCAUAUAUCCCUGCUGUCACUCAUUUAUUCUAAUUCUAACUAACAGUCAGCUGAAGAAAGCCUUUGUAAAGGUACUGCAAGGAUUAAAGUUCUCUGAGAAAAGAAAAGUUCUCAGGGCCACAUGA